AUGAGGAAACAACAUGGUGUGGACCAGGCCAAACAUCUGGGCAACCUGGCCUUCAACAUCUGGAGCAACAUGGAGACCAUGGUGACCUACACUCCUCUGGUUCUGGACCCAAACACGGCUGGUCCAUUAGUCCAUCUGUCUGAUGAUCUGACCAAUGGGAGGAGAGGAGAGAAACAGCAACUUCCUGAUAAUCCAGAGAGAUUUGAUAGAUGGCGCUUGUCUGUUCUGAGUUCUGAGGGUUUUAAUUCAGGGAACCACAGCUGGGAUGUUGAUGUUGGAGACAGUUUACACUGGAGCCUUGGUGUGUUAGAAGAGUCUGUUAAGAGGAAGGGAGUCAUAAAGUCUGGAUUGUUCGUUAUAUUUUUCUCUUCAGGUGAAUAUUCAACAGAUUCUCCUCCAGCUCCUUCCACUCGUCUCUCAGUCCAGAAGAAUCUCCAGAGGAUCAGAGUGAAUCUGGACUGGGACAGAGGAAAACUGUCCUUCUCUGAUCUGGAUCCUAACACACACAUACACACCUUCACACACACCUUCACUGACAGGAUGUUUCCAUAUUUCACCACUGAUAAAACAUUAAAGAUCGAACCGAUGAAGAUCUCAGUGAUGAAGAUCAAAGUCCAAUAAAAUCUUAUUGAUCAGAUUGAAACUGGAGAUGAUCUGAUCAUCUGGAAACUUCUUCAUCUCUGACUUUCAACUAUUGUUUCCAUUAUAGCAGAAAUUAAUGUCAAUGUUUAACUG